UCGUGUUUGUGUGUGUGUGUGACCAUCCAGCCGGGUCGGAUGGCGGUCUCGUGGAUCUGUCAGACGUCCUGAACACCAACCCUCACAUCCUCGCCACCGGACACACAGGUCAGUUCCAGGUGGAGCGCUCCCCGUCUCCAUUUGGUCUGGACAUCAGCUCUGUGGCGCAUGAUGCCUCUUUGACUUCUGAGCCAAUGGGAAGCAGUGGGCGUGUCCAGAGGGCAAUGCAGGAAGAGCCUCUGGACGCCAUCUUGAGUCCUGAGCUUGAUAAGAUGGUCACCGAUGGUGCCAUCCUUAGCAAGCUCUACAAGAUCCCAGAGCUGGAGGGAAAGGACGUGGAGGAGGUGUUCACUGCUGUCCUCAGUCCAGACAGCAGCAACAGCCAAUCAGAGCAGAGUCAGCACACACAUGCGGCUGCUGGGAGCAAGAUGCACAACACAGGUGCCGUGCCGUUUCCUCGCCUCCCACUGAUGAACGGCCUCUCACCAGCUGCUCCUCCUAUGAUGCCCGGUGUCCAGGGUCCAGUCAGCUUUAGGGUCCUCCCUACCGAAAACCCCGCCCCCAUCCAGGGCCCCACCUCUGCAUUAGUUCCAGCCAAUCAGCAGGCUCCGGCUGGUGAGGGCGAGCAGGAUGCGCUGUCAACGGCUCAGAGGAGCACGCUGAAGUGGGAGAAGGAGGAGAGUCUGGGAGAGAUGGCCACCGUCGCUCCGGUGCUCUACUGCAACACCAACUUCCCCCAGCUUAAGCAGCAGUACCCAGACUGGCCCACCAGAGUGAAGCAGAUCACCAAGCUGUGGAGAAAGGCCAGCGCUCAGGACAGAGCCCCCUACGUGCAAAAAGCUCGGGACAAUCGAGCGGCUCAACGUAUCAACAAAGUGCAGCUGUCCAAUGACCCGCUCAAACGCCACCCGCCCUCACAGCAGCAGCUGUCCGCACCGCUGGGACCCUUUGACACUGUUUCCAUGGAGAUAGAGAUGCCGUUCAAGGACCCGCUGAGGCCCAAGGAGUCGGAGCAGGAGCAGGAGUGGAAGUUCAGACAGGGAGGGGUUAAAGACAGAGGGGAAGCCGAUAAGAAGAGGCAGGAAAUCCCCCCCCAAAGCAAAAAAUCUCCAACAGAUACAGAUUGUCCCUGCCAGGCAUCCGUAGCAGCUCCGCAAAUGCGUCAGAAGAGCAAGCAGCUCGCCAAGAUGGAGGCCACCCAGAAGCUGGAGCAGGUGAAGAAUGAGCAGCGGCAGCAGCAGCAGCUCCUGGCCAGCCAGCGCCUCUCAGGCCCCCAGUCGCCUGAAUCUGGCAGCCUCAGCCCCGUGCCCACCGGAGGAAGCGCCUCCCCUCACCCGGGUCUCAGGGAGGGUCAGCCCAGGCAGCACCUCCUGCAGGGAAGUUCUGGACCAGCGGACGACAUCUUCCUCCGGCCUCAAGCACCGCCCCCUUCUGGCUUUUCCUCACUCCCUCAAUCCCCACAUCCCUCCUCUCCCCUCCACCAGCCAGCAUCUUCCCCCCAGAUGUUCUCUCCCCCCUCCUCCCGCCCUUCCUCACCCUGGGACCCCUACAGUAAGGUUAUAGGCACUCCUCGGCCCUCCUCUUCCCAGUCUGGAGGCCCCGCAGCCUCCCAGCAACAGCAUCACAGCUCCCUUAGCACCUCCCCAGCCCAUGAUGUCGUAGGCUCUCCUGCUCCAUCCCCCGACUCCAAAACACCUGACGUCUUCAGAAGCCUCGGGCCACAACCAGGUAACCCCACCCCCGACCCUUCAGUCAGACAUGCCGGCAUCCGAGUGGCCGAAGCCUACCAGAAGACGAACGUGCGAGUCCCUGCGCCCGAGUCAUGCAGUCGUCAACUGCUCCAGGGUGGUGUGUUUAAGGCCCCCAUGCCCCCUCAGCAAGAGGCAUUUGGUGGUGGAGGAGGAGCAGGGAGGAAGGACCUGUCAAGUUUUGCCCCCCCUCCUUCACAGGAGCCUCCCUUCCCCUCCAGUCCACUGUCAGGUCUGGGCUCCCCCCACCGUAGUCCCUACGCCCAAGCGCCCGGCACACCCAGACCAGAUUACACUCAGCAGAUGUCCGACCCCUUCACCCAGCAGUCACCUAUGACCUCCCGGCCGUCUCCGGAUCCCUACACCAACCCUCAGACCCCUGGCACGCCGCGUCCCCACUCUGACCCCACAUACCUCACCACACCGCCUGCGCUGAGACCAGACCAGUACAACCAGCAAUCCAUGAGCCGCCGUCCGUCCCCCUCUCACCCAACCCUCGAUCCCUACGCCUCCAACCCGGGCACACCCCAUCCAGCUGUCAUCGACCGCUUCCCCCGAUCACCAGGGAGUCAGCGGGCCGGCGACCCCUACGCACAGCCCACAGGUACACCGCGACCCUCGCCGGAUCCCUACGCCCAGCAGCCCUCUACACCACGACCCCAGAAGGCCCACGAGCCAUUCAGCCAAACCCCAGUCGAGAGCUUAGCUCCUCAGCCUGCAGCUUCCGCUUCAUCCCCUCUGGCUCCAGGAGACCCAGGGACCUUCACCCCAACGCCCCACCAGUUACAGCAGUCACCAGGAAGACAACAACAGGACUCAUUUCCCAGAACCCCCAGCAGCCACACCCCAAAGCACCCUGGGAUAUCAGAAGAGAGCUUCUCUACUUUAGCCAGUCACACUCCGGGUCACGAUCCGUUUGAGCAGGGUCACAUGACACCAGGCCGAUCGCAAACUGACAAGAUGGCAACCACUGAAAUGUCUGCUUUAGACGGGUCGAUGAGCGUGCUGCCUCAGCUUGGUGACUCAGGGGAGAAGCUGAGACAGCGUCAACGGCUUCGGGAGCUCAUCCUGAGACAGCAGCAGCAGAAGAGCACGUUACGUCAGGAGAAGGGUCUGCAGGAACCGGCUCCUGGACUUGCUGCACCCCCGGCUGCUCCGACAGGAUCCUCCCCUGGUUCUGGCACACCUCUUCACAACUGGUCGCAGGACGACUCCUCCAGCUCCACCUCCACCGCUUCCCCAGUCCAGACAGACCCAUUUGGGCGCCCUCCGCCCCCGUAUCCUGGCACGAUACGGCCUGCCGGGGCUCCAGCCCUGAGGUUCCCUGGAGGGUUCCCAGGAGAACAGCAGAGGGGUUUUGCGCCCACCGAGGCUUCUUUCCCCAGACAGAGUCUCCCCAGAGAGCUGGGUGUCCAAGGACCAGGAUCGAGGUUUGGAGCUCCAGCUGGCCUCCAUGACACUUUCCUGCGUGCACCCCUAGGAUCAACGCCUGCCUCUGGGCUCGGUGCUGUGGAGGUUCGUGUUCAGAUGAGGAGGCCAGUGCCCGGGGACUUCACCGCCAUCCGUCCCCACGGGACUCCAAACGCUCACCCGCACAUGAUGCAAGGUGUCCCCCAGCCCUUCCUCCCUCGCUCUCUCCCCAUCCAGCAGCACAGCAUCAUGGGACAGCCCUACAUUGAGCUUCGACAUCGCGCUCCAGAGAACCGCCUGAGGCUGCCCUUCUCUCUUCCUUCAGACCCCCACCCACCUGCCAUCAGACCUGGUCCUGGGGCCAGGAUGGGUGAGACGCUGAUGGCUCAGCAGAUGAUGAUGGCAGGCGCCGUGGAGCAGCUGAACCAGCAGGAUCCUCAGCAGGAGCACCUCGGCCACACGGCGGCUCUGACUCAGACCGGCGAGCCGGCACUCUCGGGAGCCGAUGGAAUCGAGGAGCACCUGGAAGGGGAGGACUCGGCUGUGAAGGACCUGGAGGAUGUAGAAGUGAAGGAUCUGGUUGACCUGAACCUGAACCUCGACCCUGAAGAUGGUAAAGAAGACCUGGACCUGGGUCCCAAUGACCUCCACCUCGAUGACUUCCUGCUGUCGGGGAAGUUUGACCUGAUCGCCUAUGCCGACCCUGAGCUCAACCUGGAGGACAAGAAGGACAUGUUCAACGAGGAGCUGGAUCUGGGCGAGCCAGCGGAGGAGAAGGAGAGCGGAGAGAGGAAGGAUGGAGUUUGUGGUUCUAGAAAGACCGACAGCAGCUCCCACCUGGUCGGACAGAUCAAACAGGAAGUGAGGGACGACAGCAAGACGGGGGCAGCUCGACCUGGGGUCCUCGCCACCAGCAAACCCCCGGGAGCUCUAGGACUUGAGGUUUCCUCUGUCCAUCACAUCAAGGAGAAGCUGGAGGACUCCGGUUCUGUUUCAGGGGCUUUGUCAUCCCUCAAGCCCCAGGAGCAGGUGCCAUCCAUGGGCAUGGUAUCCAGAGUUCAGCCCCCUGUGACCACAGGACAACAGCCUGUCUUCCAGCAGCAGCAGAGGCCUUUUGGGCCCCCCUCAUCCUCGCCUCAACUCACCCCCCACCCUCAGGCUGUCUCAGUGUCUCCUCACACCAGUCUGCCUCCUCAGGCCCCCCAAGGCCCGCCUCACCCACUGCCUCUCCAGCCUCCUCACCUCCUCCUUACCACUCAGACCGAACCUCCACUUAUGGGGACCUCCACGCAGAGCCAGACCCAGGGUACCUUUGCUCAGACCCAGGUCCAGAACCAGAACAAACAAAGGCCUCUGCUUCUGGAGGAGCAGCCGCUUCUUUUGCAGGACCUCCUGGACCAAGAGCGGCAGGAGCAGCAGCAACAGAAACAGAUGCAGGCCCUGAUCAGACAGCGUUCCACCACAGACUCUGCGUUCCUUGGUGUGGACUUUGAUUCCAUUACAGACCCCAUCAUGAAGGCAAAGAUGGUGGCUUUGAAAGGCAUAAACAAAGUGAUGUCUCAGGGAAACCUGGGCCUGAAUCCCGUGGUCAUCAACAGGUUCCAGCAGCCUCCAGCAGCCCCAGGUCCCGAGGUCCCCCCUCAGCCUCCACACCUGGUAUUACAGGAGGGGACGGUGACCCCUCAGCUGGUGCAACCCAAGCCCCCGAGCUUUGGCCCCGGGUUCAGCAAUGAGCCCAAGCGGCCGCAGUACGAGGACUGGCUCGGAGAGACGCAGCAGCUCCUGCAGAUGCAGCAGCGCCUCCUGGAGGAUAAGAUCGCUGCUCACCGCAAGACCAAGAAGGCUCUGUCAGCCAAACAGAGAACGGCCAAGAAGGCGGGCCGUGUCUUCGCAGAGGAGGACGCCGCCCAGCUACGCUACAUCAGCGAGCAGCAGGGAGUGGUCCAGAAGCAGCUAGAGCAGAUCCGGAAGCAGCAGAAGGACCACGCCGAGCUCAUCGAGGACUACCGGACCAAACAUCCUCAGAGGGGUCUGCAGCAGCAACCGGCACCCCCCCUCCCUCAGAAGCUGCUCUCACAGCCCAUCGUGCCCCUGCAACCCCACCCGGGCGGCCCCGCACCGGCCCGUCUCCCAAAUGUGCCUCCCGGUUGGACUCCAGGGGGUGGGGCUCCAGGGGUGAUGGGGCAGAGGAUGCCGCCUCAUCAACCCCCUCAACUUCCCGCCGCCCUACCCAACAGCCUGCAAGUACCCCCACACACCCAGGCGCCCUCUGCUAUAGUGCCGGGCCUCGCAGCUCAGACGGCAGGCUUUACUGCCGCCUCCCGAGGCCCCACCGGAGGUCCCAAUGGAGCCACAGUGGAUGGAGCUGGCCCUGCCCCUCAGGUCAAGUUUGACGACAACAACCCAUUCAGCGAGGGUUUCCAGGAGAGGGAGAGGAGGGAGAGGCUGAGGGAGCAGCAGGAGAGGCAGCGGGUUCAGCUCAUGCAGGAGGUGGAGCGUCACCGCGUCCUGCAGCAGAGACUGGAGCUGGAGCAGCAGAGCCUCUUGGGGGCCUCCGUGCCUCCUGCCGCAACUCCGUCGGGUCCUCAGGUGGGACCGACAGCGGGUCCUGCCCCUGGAGGGGACGGUUUGUCUCAGAUGCCCUUUUUCAGCUCCGAGCUGCCCCAGGACUUCCUCCAGACCUCCAGACCUCGACCUCAGCACCACAGCCAGAUGGCAGUGACCUUUCCCCUGCAGGCGGGCCUCCGCCAAGGCUUCACGGCGAGGCCUCUACUCCCUGGAGCGCCCCCUGUCCCAACAGGUGAACCCCCCAUGAACAUGGCUCCUUCCAGCCUCCAGACCAGGCCGAGGCUGCCUGGCCUCACAGGACCCUCAGCCCCAGGGCAGGCACACCCAGCUGGGAUAGGAGCAGCAGGAAUGCCCUCCUCCCAUCCGGCAGGGCAGGGACAUCUAUUCGGACACGACUCCUCCUCUUCCUCUCCCUCCACUCCUCUGGCCACUUCCUUCCCCUGCUCCUCCUCUGGUGGCCCCGCCUCCCUCAUCCAGCUGUAUUCUGACAUCAUCCCGGACAAUAAACCAAAUAAGAAGAGGAGUAGGAAGAAGGACGGGGAGGAAGCCACAGGAGGAGGGGGGGCCAGGACGCCACUGUCCUCGCAAUCGGAUGACCUCACUGCCCCUCCCACCCCUGCUGUCUCUGACACUGCGUGCUCCACACCCACCUUUGGCAGCAUGGACCAAUCAGAGCUGUCUUUCCCUCAGAGCUCCUCCCUCUCUGGUCUGGCCCCAUCAUCGGAGCUGGAGAGGCAGCUGUCCAUCAUCUCUGCAGCCCAGCAGAGAGCCUCCGGGCUGGGCUCAGAGUGCCAGAGAGGGCCCCUGUCUGCAGCUCUGCUGAAGGUCAAGGAGGAGCGCGAGGAGGCCGCAGCCUGUGAAGCCAGGGUGGUGAAGAUGGAGGAGGGCCGGGCAGAGCCGUUCUCCCCCACGUCUCCUCAUCAGGCAGGCGAUGCAGGUAAGGAGCUGCUCAGACACCUGCUAAGGGACAAGACCUCCCCUGCCAACACGCCAUCGCCCAUCACCCAAGCUCCGCCUAUCGCCCGGCGACAGCUGUCCAGCGAUGGCUGUCGAUCUGAAGAGGAAGAUGCACCUGGUUCCCAUGGCAACAUGGUGGUGAGGGACGGUCCUGCCUCAGAGCUGCUGGACGCCUUCGGCAGGAAGAAGACGCAACGCUGCAAGAGACCCGCCCGGCCCGACAAAGACAGAGCUCCUCCCAAGUACAAAAGGAAGAAGAAGGAGGAGGAGGAGAAGCUACUCCAAUCCUGCUCCACCUCUUCCUCCUCUGACCCAGUGGUGACACACCUCAGACAGCUGGCAGUGCUGCCCCUCAUGGAGCCGGUCCUGGGGGUGGAUCUCAGUCUGUUCCCCCCAUACGGCAGUUCCUCUCUGGGCCGAGACUCCAGGCUGAGCGGCUCCUUCGGCAACGCCUGCCUGGAUGGAGUCACCGACUACUACUCCCAGCUCAUAUACAAGCAGAACAACCUCAGUAACCCCCCCACUCCUCCGGCCUCCCUGCCACCGACGCCGCCUCCUGUUGCCAGGCAGAAACUGGUGAAUGGUUUCGCCACGACAGAGGAGCUGACCAGGAAGGAGGUCGGCGAGCAGGAUGUGAAAGGUGUGUCUGCUCUGAAGCUGAAAGGGGAGGAGCUUCUCAAUUUAAACCAUCCCUCCAAGACAGUGGAUGUGCCUGCCUCCCUCCCAACCCCACCCCACAACAACCAGGAGGAGCUCAGGGUCCAGGACUCGUCAGAGCAAGAUGACCCCGACAGCUACGUUCCAUCGUCGUCCCCGGAGAGCGUGGCGGACAUAGAGGUCAGCCGGUACCCCGACCUGUCCUUCAUCAAGCUGGAGCCUCCCUCACCCUGCCCGUCGCCUACACUACCCAUGAUCCCCUGUGCUUGGGGGAAAGGCUCUGCAGUCAAACAGGAAGUGAAGACUGAGACCAACCAUCAGGGACUUCCUUCCUGCUCGAACACAGACCUGGUUACCAUAGCAAUAACCCUGAACCCCACUGCAGCCCAGAACGUUCCAGGAGUGAUGGCGGCGGUGGCGGAGCUGCUGCGGGUCCCCGUCCCUGUGAACUACCAGCUGAGCCGAGCGUCCGGUCCCGAGCAGAGCUCUCUGGCCCUGCUGGCGAGCGUGCAGGUGCCGCUGACGCAGGGUUCAUCCGCCACAAAACAGAGAGCGGCCGCUACAGGAAACACAGGUGUCAGAAUGGACUUCAGCCAGCAGGGCGGCGCUGCCACCACCAGGCCUCAGUGCUGCAGCUACUGCAAGGUGUUGCUGGGAAACGGAGUCCGCAUUGUCAGGGAGCUCAAACAGGAGGGUCAGUCCGGACCCGGCUCCAGCUUGCUCUUCUGCAGUCCCAACUGCUCCACCCUCUACACCAACGACCUCCAGAGCAGGUCUGCAGGCACCAAGUCUGCAGUCCCUGUCCUGCCCUCCGGCUCCGAGUGCCUCCCUCCCACCAGGGUGCAGCACCAGUACACCAACAACAUGUCCUCCAUUGUCGUCCACGCCCUCCCCCGUGCUCCCUCCUCGCCUCCCCUGACAUCCUCCUCCACCCCACCUCUCUUCUUCCCAUCUGCCUCUGCCAUCACCAUGGAGACCAGGCCUCGCAUGGACAGCCUCAAGGUGAAGGUAAAGUUGAAGCCCCGCCCCCGGGCAGUCCCAGGUGAGGAGGACUCACUGUCAUCGUGCCAUGGAAAGAGGAUGAAGAGUUCCCGCUGGCGACGCUGGAGUGUUAACAUCACACUGAGCAGGGGUACUUGCAUCUCUAAUGAGGCGGUUGCCUUGCCAACACAGGAUGAAGUGGAUGAGCUGUUGAAGAACCUGGGGGCGUGUCUUCGUCCAGAACCAUUACCCAGAGACCAGCGCAGGUGCUGCUUCUGUCACCAGCAGGGCGAUGGCCAGACAGACGGACCGGCCAGGCUCCUGAACCUGGACUUGGAUCUGUGGGUGCACCUUAACUGCGCCCUGUGGUCCAGCGAGGUGUACGAGACUCAGGCGGGUGCGCUCAUCAACGUGGAGCUGGCUUUGAGGCGAGGACUGACGCUGCGCUGCGCUCACUGCCAGCAGACCGGCGCCACGAGCGGCUGCAACCGCCUCCGCUGCACCAACACCUACCACUUCACCUGCGCCUCGCAGGCCCAGUGCACCUUCUUCAAGGAUAAGACCAUGCUCUGCCACCUCCAUAAACCCAGGAUGGUUCCUCUCAGCGGGGACAGGUCCUGCGGCAGCUCACCCUCCUCCACUCCCGGCUCUGCCCCUGACCCGGCGGCUGUGACGGCCUCUGACCCGUACGACUCAGAGCUGCGAUGCUUCGCGGUGUUCCGCCGAGUGUUCGUGCAGCGGGACGAGGCGCGCCAGAUCGCAGCCGUGGUGCAGCGUGGCGAGCGGCAGCACACCUUCAGGGUCGGUAGCCUGCUGUUCCGUGCCAUCGGCAGGCUCCUCCCACAGCAGAUGAGAACCUUCCACAACGAGACGGCCAUCUUCCCCGUCGGUUACCAUGCUAACCGUAUCUACUGGAGCAUGCGCCACAGCAACAGACGCUGUAAGUACAUGUGCUACAUCGAGGAGGAGGAGGGGCAGCCGCUGUUCAAGGUUAAGGUGGUGGAGAAAGGACACGAUGACCUCAUUCUGACCGGACCCACGCCCAAAGCUGUGUGGGAUCAGAUCCUGGAUCCCGUCUCCCAGAUGAGGACCUCCAGCGGGACUCUGAAGCUGUUCCCAGUUUACCUGAAAGGAGAAGAUCUGUUUGGUCUGACCACGUCUGCGGUGACCCGAAUCAUAGAGUCUUUACCUGGCGUGGAGGCCUGUGAGCGUUACACCUUUCGUUACGGCAGGAACCCCCUCAUGGAGUGGCCUCUGGCCUUCAACCCGUCAGGCUCCGCCCGUUCCGAACCCAAAGCCUGUCAGGCCAAAAGACCCUACCUGCUGGCCAGCAUCGCCCCCAGGUGUCAGGGCUCGGUGGGCUCCAUCGUGGGCCUCGUCCCCGGCGUCAUCUCUCUGUCUCCGGGCGAGUCCGUGGCCGGCGCUCACCAGGGACGCCACUCCAAGUCCUCGCAGUACCGCCGCAUGAAGGCUGAGUGGAAGAGCAAUGUGUACCUGGCACGCUCCCGCAUCCAGGGUCUCGGACUGUACGCCGCCAGAGACAUCGAGAAGUGCACCAUGGUCAUCGAAUACAUCGGGACCAUCAUCAGGAGUGAAGUAGCCAAUCGCAAGGAGAGGCUGUACGAAUCACAGAAUCGCGGCGUGUACAUGUUCCGGAUCGACAACGACUACGUGAUCGACGCCACCAUCACCGGGGGACCCGCCAGGUACAUCAACCACUCAUGUGCUCCCAACUGUAUCACUGAGGUGGUGACUGUGGAGAAGGAGAACAAGAUCAUCAUCAGCUCCUGCAGACGCAUCCAGAGAGGAGAAGAGCUGUGCUACGACUACAAGUUCGACCUGGAGGACGAUCAGCAUAAGAUCCCGUGUCACUGCGGAGCCGUCAACUGCCGCAAAUGGAUGAACUGAACACACACACACACACACACACACAGGCAGCUCGCUCUCUGUCGAUCGCCUCCCCUGUGGGCGGAGCUUAACUUCAUAUCAACACAGUGAUAAUAAUGAAAGUGAUUGCUUUGAUAACACAAGUAAUGAUAAUAAUAUUGAUGAUGGGGAUAACAGGUCAGGGUGGGGGUUAUAUAUGCGCAUGGGUGGGGUCAGAAGCUUGUUUCUGAGGGCGUAGCUGUGUUGGAGAGUGGGCGGGGCUUAAAGAGGCUGGUCCUCUGUGUAUAUUGUGUGUAAAAAUGAGCACAGAUGUAAAUUUGAGAUCAUAGAAUGUGUUGUCUUUAACUUGCACUAAAACACAAAAACAAGAAAAAUAGAGACUUUAUUCCCUGGCCCCGCCCACCCCACUCCUGCCCCGCCCACCUCCAUUUGUUAAUUUCCUGUAAAAUAAGAGUUUUUUUGUAUUUAUUACUGAAUGAAGCUAUUUUCUAAACCUGCGGUGCGUUCGAGGUCCGGCGUGGCGGUGUGUAAAUACGUGUACCAUAGAUGAGAGAAUUGCACACAGAGUUUAAGAAGCCCUCCACCAUCCUCACCACUGCCAAUCAGCUGCAGCGUUUCAAGUACAGUUUGUGUUGCUGACUCGGCACCGCAUCCCGAUUGGACGGACUGUGAAGCGAGUCGGGCAGGCGUCACCGCGGCCUUCAGGCGCCGAGUCCCGCUGCCGUGUACAUAGGAGACUGCUGAUGUGUACAGAGACGACACGAAGCCUUUUUUAUUAUUACUGGACGUAACCGUGACGAUGAAGAUGUUUGUUUUUGGGAAAUAUGGUGACUCUGAUUUAGAAUCAUUUACAGAAAAAUAAAAUAUUUUACAUGUUG